AUGGCACCAGGAAAGGAGAAUGCUGAAAGAGCAGAGGAGAAAAAGGCAGCGGGUUGGAUGACAGAAGAGAGUGACGGUGGAAGAAAUUCUGCAGCAAAAAAGAAAAGAGAAACGAGCAGACAAGAAGCACUCAAAAAAAAAUUGGUCUUGCAGACAGGGGCAAAGACGACCAAGUCGGUACUUUUACGACGGCUCGGGUGA